ACGGUCGACCGCGUUCAGUCUGUAGGAAGCCAUCGACCCGGUUAGACGUCCUCGCCUCUCACUCGUUCUCGUUCCAUCUUUUCUCUCAGCCAAGGAGGAAAAAAAAAGAAGAAGAGUAAAAGCCAGCCCAGCUUGUGCGAAACACACACGGUUUUUUUUCUUGUGCGGUGUGAGUGAAUUGAGAAGAAGAAGAAAGUUUUGCUGCUUCCUGUCCGCGCUCCGGAACCGAUUACCCGGUCCCCGUCAACACUGCCAGGCGCUGAAAAGUCUACCUCCUCUUGCGGGUGUAGAAUUAUCGAUUUUUCCCUCUGUUCCGAGCGUUUUCCUCCCGGACCAGUGAGUUUUUGCUCUUAGUGCACACACAUACACACAAAAGGUGAAAAAAAGAUGGCAGCCGUUACUUUCGAUGAGAAAAUCCUCGCCGCGAAGUCGAUCAUUUGCGACAUCGAGGGCACCACCUCGUCCAUCAGCUUCGUCAAGGACACUUUGUUCCCGUACGCGCUGAAGAACGUCGAGGAGUACCUGAAGGCGAACUGGAACGAGGACGCGACCAAGACGGUGGUGGCCGCGCUGCGCGAGCAGGCCGACGAGGACAAGAAGGCUGAGGUCGAGGGCGCUCUGACGAUCCCCGCCGGGGACUCAGAGGACAUCAUCCCGGACAUUGUCAAGUACGUCGAGUGGCAGACGUCCCGGGAUGCCAAGACUGGCUCGCUCAAGACCCUGCAGGGUCUGGUCUGGGCCAAGGGCUACAAGGACGGUUCGAUCAAGGGACACGUCUACGAUGACGUCUCGAAGGCGCUGGAGCAGUGGACCGAGGGCGGUCGCAAGAUCUACGUCUACUCGAGCGGCAGCGUGGACGCCCAGAAGAUGCUGUUCGAGCACAGCGAGCAGGGCGAUCUGGUAAAGUAUCUGGCCGGCCACUACGACACCAAGAUCGGCGCCAAGACCGAGAAGGACAGCUACGAGGCGAUCCUGAAGAACAUCGAGGCCACCGCCGAGGAGGCCCUCUUCCUGACCGACGUCGUCGCCGAGGCCAAGGCUGCCAAGGAGGCUGGUUUGAACGUGGUCGUGCUGGAGAGACCCGGCAACGCCGAGCUGUCCGAGGAUGACCGCAAGGAGUUCACCGUGGUCAAGUCCUUUGCCGACAUCCCGCUCGAGUCGAUCGUCGAGUCGGCCAACGGUGCCGGCGCCAAGCGCAAGAUUGACGAGGCCCAGGAAGAGGACGAAGCUCAGCCCCCCACCAAGGUCGUAAAGAAGGACGAAAACGGCGAUGCCGCCGCCAAAAAGGACGAGACCGCCAAGGUGGACGAACCUGCUGCCAAGGCGACGAACGGUGAUGCCGCUGCCAAGGAAGAAGCCGCCGCUCCCGCUGAAGAGAAGAUGGAAGUUGACGAAGCUGCUCUGCCGCACCACCAGCUGUUGCUGCCGAGGAAAAGAAAGAAACGGAAGAAGCCAAACCAGAAACAGAAAGUAACCGAAAAGACUGAAAGCACUGCGGCGGAGAAGAAGGAAGAGGACAAGAAGGAGGAAGUCGCCGAAAGCAAGGAAGCUGCUCCCAAGGAGGUCGUUGCUGAGGAAGCGAAGAAGGAAGAGGAAGUCAAGGCGGCGGCACCAGCUGAGGAGGUGAAGAAGGUCGAGGAACCGGUGCCAGCUGAAGCGAAGAAGGUGGUUGAGGAGGAAAAGAUGGAGGUCGAUGGGGGUGCCGAGGCGGUCGCCGAGGAGAAGGAAGCGGAGAAAAAGGAAGAGGACAAAGCUGCUGAACCAGCUGCCGAGAAGAAGCCCGCCGAGGAGGCGGUCGUAACUUCGACCGAGGAGCCCGCCAAGGAAGAGCCGAAGGUGGAGUCGUCCACAGCGGAGGCGGAACCGGCCAAGGAGAAGCCAGCUGAAGCCGAGGCCAAGGCAGCCCCAGCGGAAACGACGAAAGCUGAGGUCGUCGAGAAGCCGGCAGAAACUCCUGCCGCCGAGUCGAUGGAAACGGAUUCCGAACCGUCCGCUGACAAGGAAGCCGAGGCCAAGCCGGAAGCGAAGCUCGUUGAGGAGGUGAAGAAGGCGGAAGCCGAGAAAAAGGUUGAAGCGGAAAAGAAGCCUGCCGAGUCCGAGGCCGAAGCUAAGGAGGUGGCCACCAAGCCUGUCGAGGAGACCAAGGGCGAAGAAACAACUACGGCUGGACCGGUUGAGGAAAUCGCUGUUGAGGCCAAGGAGGACGCCGCCAAGCCGGAGGAGAAAAAGUCUGACGCCGAUGAGGUUUCCACAACGACCACCACCACCAGCACAGAAUCAAAGACGGAGAAUGGCACCCACGAAAACGGCGUGUCCAAGGAGGCUACGCCAGUCAACGGCAAGGAAGAGUCCCGAGUGCCGGAGAACGGUGAGGCUGAACCGGCGGCGGAGGCCGUAGUCACAUCCAACGGCAACGGCAAACACGAAGAAAAGGGCGACAGCGACAAGGAGAACGACACGGCCACAUCCAACACCACGGAGGAACCGGCGGCCAACGGUAACGGUGUCGAGAAUGGUUCCACAACCAGCAGCACCACCACCCCCGCUCCGGACGCAGCCGCCGAAAUCAAGUCAAAGAAGGUGAUCGACUCGAGCACCACCCCCACGCCCCCGAUCGAGGCGGAAUCGUAAAUUGUCGUGUCUCCUCUUAAGAUUACAAAUCACCGUUGAUAAGUAGGUAAAAACAGAGAGCUGUAGAGAGUGCGUUUUGAUGCUUCUUAAAACAAGUAAGAAAACCACACAGAAAGAGAGAGAGUAACGCAAUGCAACUUUGCAUGCUUGGAGAAGAACAGAAAAAAAAAACAGAACGUAAUUACAAUUUUUAUAUAAAUAUUUAUAUUAUAACAGGACAGGCAAACAGACCCAACUAACCCCUCUCAACGUAGCAAACACACACAGUGAAUCUUCCCAACUUUUCUCUCGGUUUAAGUACGUAAAGUAGCAGCUGCCAAUUCACCCUCCAUCAGAAAACGCGCGAUAUACCAUUUUUUUAAAGAUGUUAGAAAACAAUGGCGAAUUUUACUCACGCGAAUAUACUGUUAGCGCAUUGUUUACCGCCCAGGAACAUUUACACAUUCAUACACGAACACACACAAAAAAA